GGCGGAAGCUGCCGGGGUAGUGUGUGUGCCACACGAGGAGGGCCGCGGAGACUGCGGCCAUGGCUUCUCUGCUCGCCAAGGACGCCUACCUGCAGGGCCUGGCCAGGAAAAUCUGCUGCCAGCCCAGCCCGGAGCCGCAGAAACGCAAGUCCGCCAGCAAAACUCAAGGCUCAGAAGCUGCUGGACCCCCAAAAAAGAAGAGGAAGAAAGCGCAGAAGAAAUCCCGGGAGCGGGAAAAGGCUGUGGAGCUGAAGACCCAGGCUCCAGGGGAAAAGUCUCCAGCAUCUUCCAGGGCCAAAAAGCCAGCAGUACCUGAGGAAGGAGAGGUCUUCAGCUCCAUGGGAUCUCCAGCAGAUGGGGAUGUGGAGCAGGGCCAGCUGAGAUCAGAUACCCUGGUCACAGAACUUGACUCUCUCUUUGCCCUGGAUGUUGUGAGGCAGCGGCUACAUGAAAAAAUGCGGGAGGCCCGGGGCCAGGGACACAACACGGAGCUGUCUCCCGCCGCUUUGGAGAAGAGAAGGCGGCGAAAGCAGGAGCGGGACCGGAAAAAGAGGAAAAGAAGGGAGUUGAGGGCAAAGGAGAAGGUGGCAAAGGCUGCGGAGGCUGUCAAGCCGCCCCAUGAGCAACCCCACGAGCAGCCCCACGAGGAGGUGCAGCCGGGGCUGCUCUUCAAUAAGGUGGAGGUGACCGAGGAGCAAGCAGCCAGCAAGGCCCAGCGCCGGAAGGAGAAGAGGCAGAAGCUGAAGGGGAAGCUGGCGCCGCUGACGGGCAGGAACUACCGGCAGCUGCUGGAGCGCCUGCAGGCGCGGCAGGCUCGGCUGGAGGAGCUGCGGGACCAGGACGAGGGGAAGGCGCGGGAGCUGGAGAGCAAGAUGCAGUGGACCAACCUGCUGUACAAGGCCGAGGGCGUGCGCAUCCGUGAUGACGAGCACUUGCUGCAGGAGGCCCUGAAGCGCAAGGAGAAGCGGCGUGAGCAGCGGAAGCGCAGGUGGGAGAAGCGCACGGCCCACGUGGUCGAGAAGAUGCAGCAGCGGCAGGACAAGCGGCGGCAGAACCUGCGCAAGAAGAAGGCGGCCCGGGCCGAGCGGCGCCUGGACAAGGCCCGCAAGAAGGGCCGGAUCCUGCCCCAGGACCUGGAGCGGGCCGGCCUGGCGUGAGGGCCUGCAGCCCGGGCGUCCCCCUCCCUGACCUGGGCCUGCACUCCUACCUCGUGUGACCGCGGCCACAAGCUCGGUCUGUGCGGUCUCGGCUCCUCGGAACCCGGGGCGGGCGGUGCUCUGCGGGCUGACCCUGCAAGCUGGUUGUGAGGGCUCCGCUCCCAUGUGAGAAAGAAAAGGAGUGCUGUUGAGAACAGAGACCUAGAUCCUUCAGAGCCUGGAAAGAGGUGACUGGGUCCAGGUUCCAGCCUUCUCUUGGAAGGCUGCAAAGCUCCCCAGAAGUUCGCAGGGUGAGGGAGGCGUGGAGGGCGUGAGGGUUCUGGUGGGGGCACGUCACUGGCUCUUUCUUCCCCUCCCGGGUUGACAGGAGCCAGGAAAGAAUGGCCUUUGGGACUGUCCACAUCAGCCGAAAACUCACCUGGAAGGAAGGAAGCUCAAAACUGCUGUAGCCCAAGUCCAAGGUGGCAUUGGCCUCAGGUGACUGGCAGAGGGUGGAACCAACCUUGGGUGCGACUGGGAGGGAGUUAACCUGAGUUGAUUUGUAAGAGGAGCAAAAAUUAGUCCUUAAGGUAAACACGCACCUGAAAAGAGUUAAGAUGCCUGCUGGGGUCUGCCUGGGGGGCUCAGUGGUUCAAGGGUGCCUGACUCUUGGUUUUGGCUCAGAUCCUAAUCUCAGGGUCCGCUGAUCAGCCCCACGUCAGGCUCUGCCCUCAGCAUGGAGUCUGCUUGAAAUUCUGUCUUGCUCUCCCUCUGCUCUUCCCGCUCCUGCUGUUUUUCUAAAAUCUUCAGUGGAAAAAAAUAGAUGCGGGCUGGAAGUUCAGCACAGUGUGCGCCAUGCCGGGAGGAAGGGGGAGACGGGGGGUGGCGCUGGAGGACGUCAGUCCAGGAGAAGGCAGGAGACAAGGAAGGCUAGAAGCUACGACUCGGCGAGGCGAUGGAAGAUGGCCAGGGAGGCGGUGGCAUUCCCCGCACACCUGUGGGCAGGCGGAACCGCUGCAGAUGCACAGGAACCCCGGGGGGGGGGGGGUGGAUUUCAUGGCUCCUGAGUAAUGUUUCAGUAAAGCCGUCAAUAACUCUUUUGACUGAGCUCCAGUUAAGAAACACUGUAACAAAGGCUGGUGUGGCUGUACUGGGCAGAGCGGACCAGAGGAUAAACAGCGCUGUGGAGGGUAAGGUAGGUCACGGCGGGGUGGAGGGGCUCCGCGCCCCCGGCAGGCAGAGCGAUUCUGACGCCCCCAGUGAUGGAGCUGCAAGUCUCCCAGGGGAAAUCCGCUCACAGACAAAAGCGGAGGAUUUCUGGUGCCUCUCUUAGGCCUAGAAACACCCGGCAGAAGUCCGGUGGAUACGGAAGGUCUAGAUGAGGCUUGAUGAGCUUGAUCUAAGGACACAGAGCGGUGUGAGUGGGAACAAGGUGCGGACUCCACCCACAUCUGGAGCAGCAACGAGAACUGACGGCCUGGUCCAUGAAGCAAGUUCUCUGUUUCAAGGAAUCGACGUCCUACCAGGCGUGUUGUCUGGCCGCGGCAUGAUUUAGUUGUUAAAGUUAAGACGUGAUUGUAGAAGUUUCGUGUUCAGAAGUUUAAAAACGUACUUCUGAGUUACCUGUGUGUCAUUGUGGGAGAUGGAACCUAUCGCCAAGUGUCAACACUGAAAAUGCCCUGAUGCACCUUCUCGGCCUCCCAGGCCUGGCCGUCACCCCCUCCCUGGCCCAGAGCUUCGGGGCUGCCGGUGUGCGGGACAGGGCGGCACAUGACGUGCUCUGGGGCGGGUGACAACACAAGCAGCUCAUCCAGGGACAUCAGUGGGCGAUAGCACAUGGACAGUAGAAGAGCACAGAGUGGGUCGGGGAGGCCUGACAGACGCUCGGAUGCUCUGGGCCUCAGGUGGGGAAGAGCCGAGUGCAGCAUCGUGGGAGAAAACCUCUGGGGCCGAAUGUCAGGAACGUUUCCAGAACCAAAUGGUGGCAGUCCCCAGUUUCAAAGGUACCCCCAGCUCGGGCGGAGGGAAGCGGAUGAAGAUUGCCCUAACCAGAACCCCUCCUGCACAGGAACUGGGGUUCCAACAUCCCAAAGGUCGUGGUAGUAGGAAAAGUAAUAAGGGAAAGCUCACUAAAACAGAAUCAAGAGACCAGAAAGAGGAGCUCUCGUGCACUCUGUCACCCGGAGUCAGUCGCAGAAAGAACUGUCACACACCCCAGCAGAAGGAUCCUCCACAGGAGGGAAUCAUGUCUACAGACCCGACAGAAGGAUGGACGCUUCAUCUCCUGUGAGAAAACCACUACUCCAGCAACUCAGCCAGUGGGAAACUGCCCUCACGCUGAACUCCUGCUUUUGUCCAGUGGACUUCGGUUCAGGACAGCCCCUUCUAACUUUCUCCUCCUAAAAUAACACUUCUUUCUUUCUUUGAGUUGUCUGUGGUUUUACUGUAGCUUGCAUGUCCCAAAUUGCAAUUCUCUGCUAUUCCCGAAUAAACCCAUUUUGUUGGUAAAGUACCGGCGGCUUUAAGGUCAACGGUGGUCUCCUUUUGGCCCUGGCUCUUUGGGUGGGGCUCGGAGGAAGGAUCACAGCGAGCCUUCUUCGUGUCUGGGGCCCCAGGACUCGAACUAAUGCAUGUUUAGAAGUUCAGUGAGGGGCUGUGACCAAUCAGGUAGCUCAAGUGAGGCUUCUGUUUACCAGACCUGGGGGUGGGGGGCAGAGGGGUCUCCAGACCCCGGUGGGUCGUCUCAUCCAUUUCACUGCAGUAGUCUGGGAGAAAGUCACAGGAAGCUUGCAUACAUGACCUGUGGAAAUAACACUCUGCUGCGUGUUCUCUGUGCUUGGGUUAGAAAACAAGAAAAAACAAGUUAGACAUCCCCAUUCAAUAAGGAAAAGGAGUAAAAUAAGGGAAGCAGAGAAAAGGACUUGGUACGGAAAAGAGGAGAUACGAAUUACACAGUAUUAAGUCUAUAAACUAUUAACAAAGGAAGAGGGAAGGAAGAAAGGAAUGCUGCUAUGCCUAAUUCCCUGCAAAUAGAUUUGAAAAUCUGAACAAAAGAGAUCAUUUCCUAGGAAAUAUAAUUUAGAAAAGGUGAUUUUUGGGAGAGAGAGAAGGUUAAAGCAGACUGCUUUUCAUAAAGGAAAUGGAGAAAAUUUCCAGAGAGUUAACCCUGCCACAAAAUGAGUCAUAAGGAUGAGAUAAAACGAGGUCCAAAGUUUUACAGAAUCCUACCCAAAAGUUUAGAGAACAGAUUGUUUUAAUUCUAUUUAAACUGUUCAGAAAGUAUAAAAAGUAUUGCUUCUAAAACACUUGUAUUAGUUGACCAUAACUUUGGUAGCGAAAUGCAACAAAGAGCACAAAAGGGAAGAGUACGGAGGGGCGGCACUUUGGGUCUGGCAGGGCCUGCUGCAGAGGAGGCGCCUCCCGAGUCUCCCCCGGGGGUGGAACAGGGCCUGCCACGUGACAGGCCACACCGACAGUCACUGAGUACGUGUACGUUUAUGCACCAGCUCCUGCUGGGGGCACAACGCCAAGAUGUUUUAUCUUUGCCCCUGGUCCCUGUGUUCUAGAGGGUACGCAAAGCACCAUUCAGUGGUGUGGGGAGGGCUCCUGUGGGGCAGUGCCCGGUGCAUUAAAGGGGAACUGAGGCGUGGCUCCUGCCACGGGCUUGUGGUGCUAGGGGAAGACCCCCAGGGGAGCAGUGUGCACGCUUCUCCCUCUCCCUCUGCCCCUCCCCCUACCUGUGCUCUCUCUUGCUUGUUCUCUCUCUCUUGAAUAAAUACAAUCCUUAAAAAAGUAACUGAAAAUUGUUAGGAUAAAAUUCAUAGAACAUAAAACGACGUUUUAAAGCACCCGAUUUAGAGGCUCUAGUGCACUCACGCUGUUGUGCAGCGCCAUCCUUCUCUUGCUUCAGAACAUUCCGCUCACUCCCAAAGGACCCUGAGCCCGUUGAGCAGUAACUCCCUCUCGCCCCAGCACCCACCAACCUACGUUCUCCAGUUACCUACGCUGAACAUUCAUAGAAGCGGAAACACAGAAUAUUGGCCUUUGGUCUCAUUUCUUUCCCUGAGCAGUUUCUUGAGAUUCCUUCCCUGUAACAUUUAUUAGGAUGUCAUUCCUUUUUAUGGCUGAAUCAUACUGUUGUGUGGACAGACCACGUUUUGUUUGUUGAUGGACUUUCGGGCUACUUCUACCUGUCCGCUGUUGAGGACCUGCUGCUGUGAAUGUGUGUGCACGUGGACUUGUUUCAGGAUCUGUUCUCAGUCCCUUCAGGUCUGUGCCCAGGAGUGGAAUUGCUGGGUCCGGCAGUAAUUCUGUAAAAUGGGGGAACCACCAAAAGGUUUUCCACAGUAGCUGCACCAUUUUCCAUUCCCACCAGCAAAUAUGAGGCUCCAAUGUCUCCAGUCCUCACCAACAUUUCUGAUUUUCCCUACUUUUGCUUAUAGCCCUUUCCAGUGGGUGUGAAGGGUUAGCUCACGCUUGCAUUUGCUUGAUGACUAAUGGUGUUGAGCAGCUUUAUGAGAGCAUUUUGGCUAUUUGUGGUCCUCUGAGAGAUGUCUGUUGAAGUCCUUUUCCAUUUUUCAAUUGGAUGUCGUUUCUUGAGAUGUAAGAGUUCUUUACACAUUCUGGAUAUUAGGCCCUUAUCAGAUGUGAUUUGCAAGUAUUUUAAAAUAUUUUUUAUGUUAUAUAAAUAUUAAAAUAACCUUUUAUCUUUUUAAAAAUUAAAAUUCAAUUAGCAUGCAUAUAGUACAUCAUUAGUUUCCGAC